AUGCCCACUGUCUCAGAACAAUACACAAGUUAUUCUUCUGCAUCAGGAAAUUGUAAUUUAUUAUCUUCAUUUACACAAAACGCUACGUCAACGUACAUGUUUAAUGAUGUACGGCAGCGGCAAAGAAAUCAUCAGCAAAUUGAAGAAAAUCACAAUUCAUUUCAAGAUUCUUUACAAUCAGAUUCUAUUAAUAAUACUAAUCCUGUAUACGAACCUCGUUCUCCAACACAAUCUUCUUCUUCUUCAAUUGAAACAGUAGAGUCUGGUGAUAGUAAUAGUUCCACGGUAACAUUAAGUGGACUCUCUAAUCCAAUAACCACCUCCUCACCUUUUUAUUCGAUUUUUUCUGAACAAAAAGGUUAUUGGAUACCUAACUUGUCGACUGCGUCUAAUGAUGAUGAGUCCGUAUGGCAGAAGUUUCAACCAGAUCAACAAAGAUGGCGUCUUACGGCCGCUCCUUCA